AAAAAGUACUCCCAAUAUAUAUAUAUCCGCAUAAAUCCGUUUCUUCUUCUUUCAGCUCUUCAUUUUCUCGGCGAUUUUCUGCUCAGCCACACGAUUCCGACGUUCUCCUCUUCCCGUACUGUUUUACACUCUUGUAUAAUCUAUCAGUAGUGAUCGUCGAUGCAUUCGCCGGUCCGGUGAACUUAUCGUUGCCUUGUUAUCGCUCUCAGAUCUGUGCUUGAAGUUCCCCCUAAAGGUUGAAGUAGCUCUAGACAAAAGCAUUUGCAUGUCGACCAGAUGAGCAGAACUGAUGUUAUUUGCAGUAGAAGGAGGAGGUUUCUUCUCGUCUUCAGCUUCUGGAUAUAGCAAGGGCCUGACCCUUCUACUCUUGGGUCAGAAGAACGAAGAGAAGCCCAUGAGAGUUGCACCGUGGAACCAGUACCAGUUGGUGGACCAAGAAACUGAUUCUGAUCUCCAGCUGGCUUCCGGGAAGAACAGGCUUGUCCGCGGGUGCGGCUCCUUUGUAUGCUUUGGUCGCGCUGCCGCUGGACUUGAGAGCCCAGCUCCCCUUAAAGUCGGUCCUACCCAACUGCCAGAAGUCUUGCCCAGCUGUCCCGCUUCAGACAAGGGCAACGAUCAGCUGCAAUGUGUUAAUAUUGUUGAAGACAGUUAUAUUUCACCAAAGCUUGCUCUUAAGAGUAGCCUAAAAAAACCAGUAAAUAGUGUUUCCAUUUCUGGUGGUAAUGAACAUGAUACAAUUUCUGAAAAGGUUGAUGAUGCCCCCAACCCUGUGGAGAAAAGGAAAGUGCAGUGGACCGACACAACCGGAGGAGAACUUUUUGAGAUACGGGAAUUUGAGCCUAGCGAUGAUGGUGAAUCAGAUGAUGAGUUUGAGAGUGGGAAUGAAAGAACAUGUUCUUGCAAGAUAAUGUAAUUUUAGCUCCUUGUAGAAGGUUUUGUGGGCUGAUUGUCAUUUAGGAAGGCGACAGUCAAGGUGCUGCAGAUAUUUUUAUGGGGAAAGUUGGUUUUGUGACAUGCCUUGCUCAACUAUCAGUCGGGGCAAUUGAAAUUUGAGGCUGUAUUAGGUAGUGUGGCCACAUUGAUCAUGGGCUUUUCUGGUUUUGGCUGACUAAUCUAUUGUCUAUAUUCAAAUUCUUGGAUGACAUUUUUGUUUCGCUGGGGUCUGCUUGUCCAUUGUUUUCAUAAUUACAUAUUUCAUCUUUUUUU